CACCAUCAAUCACCACCAUCCUCUUCAUCCACAGCAACGACCACCAAGAUCGUCUCAUUGCAAGCCUCCCAACCAAGUCUUGGAAAACAUUCUGGUCUUUGAGCCUCAACAAAAAUGCCCCGCACCCCCGAAGCCCAAGCAUUCUUCUACGCGGUCUACGCCGCCGUCCAAGAAAUCCCCGAAGGCAAAGUCACCACCUACGGACACAUCGCGAAACUGAUAGGCACCCCCCAGCGACCCAGACAAGUAGGCACAGCCCUCAAGCACCUCCCCGCCGACACCUCCCUCCGGUACCAUCACGACAAUGUUCCCUGGCAGAGGGUAAUCAACGGGAAAGGGAUCAUAUCUCCGAGAUCACAGCCAGAUGGGGCUCGCAACCAAGCCGCAAGUUUGCAGGCUGAAGGCGUGGUCGUCACAACAGGGGCACUUGGUGAACUGAUGGUAGACUUUGCAGAGUAUGGCUGGUUCCCACGACUGUUGCCCUCUGACGAGGCAGCGGGCGUGGUUCCAGAAGACAGUGAUGGCGACGGAGAGUCCAGUGAAGAAUAGAUUAUGAUUAUUAUAUGUUCUAUGAAACAAAUGUCGAC